AUCUUGACUCAGCUUGGCCAUCAAGCGGUCAGACGACAGAUGGACGCCCAGUAAGAGAAGCGGUCCGCUCCGGCUCGGAGAGCUAAAGACGUGAGCAAUGGCGCUGUGCCCUGACGGUUGUACAUCCGGAUCAGGAGGAGAAUCUUCCAGCAGUGAGGCCGGUUCCAGCUGUCUUCAGUUUGGGGUUCGCUCCUAUCUGCAUCACUUCUAUGAGGAGUGUUCGUCCUCCAUGUGGGACAGGGACCCAGAGAACCGGGGAUCAGCCCACAGCCACAGAUCCGCCCUGUGGUGGAACUCCGCUGUCUGGAAGGUGUCCUUGGCUCUGGGUCUGCUGAUGCUGACGGCAGGUGUUGUGUCUCUCUCUGUCGCUUACUCCGCCCCCCACAAAAUCGAGUCCUUCGGUGAGGGAGACCUGUUCUUCGUGGACCCGCAGGCCAUCAGCUACAACAGGGGUCUGUACUUCAACACGGCGUCCGGGAUCGGGCUGUCGUGCCUGGGCUCCGCGCUGGCUGUGAUGGGGGUGGUUGUCUGGGUCCUGCCCAAGGCCAACCUAAAAGAGCGGCUGUUCCACCGGUCGAGGGAAGCGGCUCAGCGGGGGGAGCCGGGCUCGAAGUGGAGGGGAUUCAGGGAUGGACCGGAUGUGAUAACUAAGCCGCCAGAUACAGGAGAGGCGAAGAUGCCUUUUAUUCUGGCUAAAGUGAAAAACGUGCAACCCGCUUCCUAGAAAGAGGCACAGUAUCUGAUUCUGAACCCUUGUUUACAUCGCUUCCCUGUCGUUUCUGAUCUGAUUUUGUUCUGUGAAGUGAAUGUUUGUGACUCAAAAGAUCAGAAAAACAGUUCCGCCCACUAUAGACUCACACAUCCUGGGUAGUGCGUUCACAUUUUAAGAAGAAAAAAAAGUCUCCCUUCAAAACACAUCAAACUUUUUACAUUUUAUAUAUGGAGUCCCUAAUUUGGACUAAAAAAUGACUUUUUUUUUCUUUUUUAUUACUGAAGUUCUUCUAAAAAUAACAAUCAAUUUCUUAAGAUUUCCUUCAAAUGUUGUUUUUUUUUUUUAACAAAACUUUAACCCAUAAGUGGGUUACUUUAUGAGUCCUAAAGAACAUUAGAGCCAUUAGAGUUCUGAUCAUUAGAAAUAAUCACAACAGCUUAACUCUAACAAAAAUGAGACCCAGAGAAAGAAAUGACCCAGUUAACGUGAAGCAGCAGAAAAACAGCUAUUGACUGUGGGAUGUAAUUUGUUCAGCACACAACGGUCAUAAUUAUAAUAUACAUACGGUAACAUACCAGAUUGUUGAGUGCAUACUCUAUUGACUGAUCAAACACAAUAAAGGUAUUGGUACAAUGCAAUUUUAUCUUCUGAACAGAGAGUUUGCCCUACCUGAGAUAAUGUUUAACUACCACAAACAGUAUUCACAACAGAUGUAUUCCUGCAGUUUAAAGAACAUGUAUGCCACCAUACUUGGAAAUUUUUUUUUUUGUUUUGUUUUUUUCGUACUUGUAGCUCAUGAUAGUUUCAUUGAUAGCACCACCUGUGAGACAAAAAGAUUGAGCACAAGAACUGAGACGUCAGCUUUGAACGCAGAAGUCACCUCGAUGAAAGGAUGAAUAGAAAAGUGCUAAAUAGAAACUAAAAGUGUGUCAGGAAACAGAUGGAUGUUUUAAUUUCUGCUCCAGUUCAGUGGUGCUCACAUUUCCACUAAUCUGCUGAUAGCGGUGCUGAUUUUCAGCUCUGCGGUUUAGUAGUUUUGCUGGCUUGAAAAUGUUUAGCGCAUUUACCUUCCCCUAAGUAAAUUUUUCCAGAUAAAUCUCAAAUUGAUUAUUUACUGGACUAUUUUGUAAACUUUCAGUUAAAUUAAGUUGAACUUCUUUGUUGAAGUUUUGGUUACCCACACUUCAUUCAUGCUCUUAUUUUGAAGUGGGUGAAAGGUGUUUAAUCUGCAGCUAUGUUUCUUUUCUUCACAUGCUCUUUUUUUUUCUCUCCCUCAUAGGAAUUUUCUUUAAAGUAAAAAACACAUGAACAAAAUAAAACUGACAGUAGAGUUCAAGAUAUUAGCAUAAAAACUAUAAGUAAGGGCAUUAUACAGUGGUGUAAAAAAACAUGUGUCCGCUUUUUCAUUUUAUUUGUUUGUGCGAACAAAUAUUUAUGAUUAUUGCUUUAAUGUUAGGGCGAUUAGUUCAUUGGAGACAUGGUCAGAAGUGUAAGAGUGUUUUGACUACACGCUAAAAUCACAGCACCAUCUAGUGGCCUGGCAUGACAACUACAGCUGACGCAGGGUGUCUUUGCGGCGGCAUCUAAACAUGGAACUUUUUUCCCAAUCAACAUCUGGAAAUACCGGCAGUUUCCAGACUGCGGUCUCAUGUGAACGUAACCUGAGUCACAUGGUCGGUACAGUCAAACAGUCUCCUUCAUUUGGCUCCUGCACUGAAUAAAAGUAAUUGCAUCUGGCACAUUUUGUCAUGAGUAAGAGUCAGAUGGAACAUUUUAAGAGACAAGUUGUUUUCUGUUUGAUUAAUGAGAUUUGCUGUUAUGACCUGACGGACAGAAAAAUUAAAAUCCCACAAUGAAAGAGCAUAUUUUCCUACUCGACGUACUUUGUGUCUCCAAAGCCAAAACCUGUCAUCACCUCAGUCGUUUAGCUGCCGAAUCCCUGCUCGAGAAAUCUGCCUCGCCUCUGACACAAACCACGUUGAACAUCAUCACUUAUACAUUUGGGAUGUUCCUUAUCAUUCCAGAUGUUUCGAUAAUCCUGUCAAAAAGAGAAACUGUUUUUGCUGAAUGAGAAAAAAUGAAAUCCAGCCUCCUCAGCUACCUAUUCUUAAGAAGCUCAAACACUUUCUACUGCACAGAUAGAAGCAGAGAGUGCUUACUCCGUCCUUUCCUGCCGUUUCACUAAGCAGCUUCAGAUUCAUUUGAUGUAAUACCUUUGGAAAGGUCUUUUCCUCAAACACAUUUCACUUUAACCAAAGCAGGCAGUCGCGCUCUCCGAUCCCAGACGAGAUGCCAUCGCUCGUAUACGCUCUCUGUUUUAGACAGAUAAGACUCCGAAGGCAAUUGUGAGGGGUUUUUUUCUUUUUUGUUUUGUAACUUAAAAUAUAUUUGUCAUCCAAAAUGCUCCCAUUUUAACGGGUAACAUAAGUUGUUUUCAUGGUAAAGAAGUGGAAAUCUUUUUGCAGCUGUCAAGAAAUAUGCCUGAUUUAAAAAAUGUUAGCAGACACAAAGUGAGUUAACUUUAACCCACAGCAGCAUAUUUUUAACAUCCAAGAAAUCCACAACCAGACCGCUAUUGCAGGUCACUAUGGCGACCUUGCAAAUUGCACUAAUUGGUUAUAAGUUUUACACAGUUCAAAUCAUUCGUCUCUGUAAUUGUUUUGUCUUUAUUUCGUUAGAAUUACAUCCUAAUUGACUGGAUAGUUGCAUGGAGCACGGCAGCUGUUUACUGCCACGUUCAAAUUGACUGAUAAGAUUUAAAAGACAUCGAAAGUCACAUUUUCAGUCAAUCUGGGAGUUACAAAUCUUUUCCAGCAUUUUGUGAUGUUUUAUUUCAUUUUUUUGAGAGAAAUCUGAAUUCAUUCGACAGAUCAAAGCUGCACAAAACAAGGAGUCUCAUUUGGAGACUCCUUGUUGGUGAUUGGUGGAUAUUUUGCAUCACAUCACCUCUUGUCCUUACAAAGUCUUAUAGUUAGGUAAGAAUUAUCCAAGAUGGAAAAAAAAAAGAACGUAUGACGAUUUGACUUGAUUUCUUAACAAAAACUACAUCAAAUUGAAAACGUUACCAGAAAAACUAAAACUAAUCUUACUGGCUCUGCCUUGAACUAAUCAUUCCCCUCAAUAACCUUAUCAGUCUGCCUUACAUUUAUACUUUUUCCACCAACGUGCUUCUAGUUUAAUGAAGAUUUCAUGAAUUUGUUUCAGUGUCGCUCUUUUAACAGCAGCAUUUCAUUCCACUUCAGUUUUGGGGGUGGCGGCUGGCUUUUGAUUUUUCUUUGCUUCAAGAGCUUGGCCGUAGAUAUCCUGUUGUUUUCAAUCACUCUCCAGUGAUGCGGAGGAUUCAGUGGAUUUUACUGAGCAGCAAUAUCUCCAUCCUGACUAAACGACUUGGUUUCAUAAGCUUAGUGGUUAUUCAGGCAGUUGUUUUGAUUUGUUUUAAUUUAGAAAACAGCAGAAACAUGUUUCUACACGUGAACUUACUUCAAAUCUCCUUUGAACUGAGGUUUUGUUUAAUGACGCUCUGUAAUGUCCCAUGUUCUUUUGUCAACCUAAGAUUUGGAGAUUAUUUUAUUAUCUGUAAUUUUUUGUGUGUGUUUUUCCAUAUAUUGUUGGAUAUGAAAUGGAAAACUUAGAAAAGGCCAGACUUUUUAAAAAUAUAUAUUUUUUAAAAUUAGAUUGGAUUUCUUUGAGAAUUUAGCACUUUUGUUUUUUUUUUUAUUUUGUGAGAUAUCAAACAUUAUUUUAAAAUAAUAACUAUGACUUCCACAUCUGCUACACAGAGGACCCUGUGUGAGACCCUCAUCGGUGCGGUGACACGCAGACGGAGGCUCUGGAUAAAAAAAUAUUCAUUAACCAACCGGUUUUACAUUUUCACACAUCUGCGCUAAUGUUCAGUUUUACUGUAUGAAACACAUGUAGAGUCAGGCAUGCUGCCACUCACCCAGUCGCCCCCACACACACUGUAAUUUGUAGUCUUUUGACAGUACCACCUAUUUUCUCCCCACUGUAAUCUGUUGCUGUAAUUGCCUGUAAUCUGUGUAUCUAGGCAACAGUUGGGCUUCAAGUGCUCUAUUUUGAACUCAGAACAAAAUCUCUCUCCUCAUUGGUCCUUCACACCCGCCAUCUCUCUUUAUCCUCACGUGAAUCAGAUUUGUUGUUUUCAGGUGAAAACAGUCGUAGCGGUGAGGUAAACCACCUGUCCUGUUGGGUCCUUCCUGUUCGCUGGGAGUUGAUGGUUAAAAACUAUAAAUGGUGAGACCGCCGAAGUGUCGGGAUAUGCUGCAGUUGUUCAGGUGAAAGGGACCAUGUUUCAUCGUUUGCCUUUUUAUUGUUUUCCAGAAAUAAAACUGGGGUUAGCAACAGCAGUGAAAAGCAAAGAACCAAAAAUAAAAUUGUAUUCUGCA